CUUAUUGUUCCUCAUUGGUUUCUAAGGGAGCAGAAGCACACUUUUGGAGUCUGCUCUUUCCUUCUUCUUAAUAAGGGAACCCAUAAAGCCUCACCAUGGGAGCUGUGGUGAUUGAUGACGGUCCAUCUGGAGUGAAAGCCCCAGAUGGCGGCUGGGGCUGGGCGGUUCUGUUUGGGUGCUUCGUCAUCACCGGAUUCUCCUAUGCCUUUCCAAAGGCCAUGAGCGUUUUCUUUAAGGAGCUCAUUCGGGAAUUUGGUGUCGGAUAUAGUGACACAGCAUGGAUCUCCUCCAUUCUGCUGGCUAUGCUUUAUGGAACAGGUCCCCUGUGCAGCAUGUGUGUCAAUCGGUUUGGGUGCCGCCCUGUUAUGCUGGUCGGUGGCUUCUGUGCUUCAGUCGGGAUGAUCCUAGCCUCCUUCUCCACGAAUAUAAUUCAGGUCUAUCUUUCUGGUGGUGUCAUUACUGGAUUGGGUCUGGCACUCAAUUUCCAGCCAUCGCUCAUCAUGCUAAAUCGCUACUUCAGUGAACGUCGGCCUUUGGCCAAUGGGUUGGCCGCAGCUGGAAGCCCUGUGUUUCUCUGUGCACUUUCUCCCUUGGGACAGAUACUGCAACAUCAGUAUGGGUGGCGAGGUGGAUUUCUCAUCUUGGGCGGAUUGCUUUUGAACUGCUGUGUUUGUGGAGCGUUGAUGAGACCGUUGGACCCUCCUAAAAAACCUGAAGCUUCCAAAGAGACCUCUGAGAAAAAACCCAAGAAAAAGCUGCUGGAUUUCACUGUCUUCAAAGAUCGUGGCUUCUUAAUCUAUACUAUUGCUGCGUCUAUCAUGGUGCUGGGCUUAUUUGUGCCACCCGUCUUCGUAGUGAGCUAUGCUAAAGAUCUGAAGUAUGAGGACACCAAAUCAGCUUUUCUUCUGACUAUCCUUGGAUUCAUCGAUAUCUUUGCUCGGCCUCUUUGUGGAGUAAUAGCUGGCUUGCCAUGGGUCAGGCCCCGUAGUGUCUACCUCUUUAGCUUUGCAAUGUUCUUUAAUGGGUUUACUGAUCUCAUGGGGUCCACGGCUUCCGACUAUGGUGGUCUGGUAGUCUUCUGCAUUUUCUUCGGCAUUUCCUACGGAAUGGUUGGUGCUCUUCAGUUUGAAGUUCUCAUGGCUAUUGUCGGUACGCAGAAAUUUUCCAGUGCCAUUGGCUUAGUUCUUCUAGCUGAGGCGUUGGCAGUCCUUAUUGGACCUCCUUCAGCAGGGAAACUCUUGGACGCAACACACAACUACAUGUUUGUUUUUAUUAUGGCCGGCGUUGAAGUCGUUACCUCUUCUGUAGUGCUGGUUAUAGGAAAUGCUUUCUGCAUGAAGAAAUCAGGGCAAGAGCACACAAAGGAAGAUGCAUCUGAAAGAGAGGAGUUAAACAAACAACCUGGAGGCACCAAGGUGGACUCUAUUGAAGUAGAACACUUUUUGAAAGAUGAAAAAAAUGGGGAAGUCGUAACUAACCCAGAAACAUGUGUCUGAGUGUGACAAGGAUGAAUGCUGGAUAUUUAGGGAGAGAUUCAGACAAUUUCAACACUCUUAUUUAUUUUAGAAAUAGGACUAGUUUAGGGCUGGGCCAUUUUGUUUGGGAACUGGAGGCCAACCAGCUCAUGAAAUCACACUCUGAAACUGUCUUGUUAGAAAACCUUUCUCCCUGCUUAAAAUGGGAUUGGUCUUCAAGUUAAGCUGCUUGAGCGUAACGUUAAAUGGCCUUCUAAACACGUACACCGGUCCUGCUAUGCAUCACCAGAAAAUGCUCACUUGGAUGAAAAUAUUUUAACUAGAGAGGAAGUAUAUGUAAAUUUUCCUGUAAUGCAAACGAAAUAUCCAUCGUUUGUGUAUGUGUUGGUGCACCUCAAUGUAUCUUCCAUGUCAGUGUCCGCUUUCAGAGGAACGGCUUAGCAAGGAGAAAUCUCAGGGACUUGGUCAUCUCCAGUAGGUUUAUAACCUAUCCUUUUUCAAAUCUUUUUAAAUAAUUUGGCUCAGCCCUAAUCCAAUUUUGAUAACAUGUAUAACUUUCAAUGACUUUUCGUUUGUCACUGUAUUUUUAUGAGUUGAUCUUUUUGUUUUAAUUGUCCUUUUUACUGGAAAUAUUAUACAUGUACCAAAAAAAGGCAACUGUGAUGCUUCCUUGGAAACCUCACAACGGUUGUUUCCACAUGAUGAUACAAACAAAAGGAAAGCUGGCCAAGAGAGCUUGUAGGCUAUCUCUGUAUGCUGCAAAGCUGUAAAUACAGCCCCUUCAGAACACGUCUUGCAUCAAUGUCUUUCUUUCACAUAGGAAGCCAUUCCCCAAAAUAGAUGGAUAUUUAUUUUCAGAAGUGAGCCUCCAACAUUUCUGGGUUCCUCAUGAAACUGGAGGAAGGGGAAGCACAUACAGCUUGUGCAGUUAGGAUUUUAGAUUAUUAAAAGGGCUGAUACAUGUUGACAGUGUUAUCACCUGUAUUGCUCAAACAUGGUGGCACAUUGAUGGAGUUGUCAGCAGUCCCAAAUAGGAUGCGGCUUAAAGGGGAUAGCAAUUUUCCCUCUUUUUCUGGUACAUAUAGCAGCUGUGGAAGAGAUGUCUGGGCCAUCAGAUGGCAAAGGGGAGCAUUGGGAAGCAUUGGGAAGCAUGGUGAGCAGAACACAGACUGAAAUCACUGGUUUCUACCAGCCUGUUCAAUAGUGAAAGGAGCUCCCAGAUUCAGAGUAUCAUGAAAAGUAUUAUUGCCAUUUUUUCCAUGACAGUAGUGGUAAAUGGGUGGAAUUUCUAUGCUCCUUCAAGGAGCAUUUUAAAGGUGGGCUGAUGAUUUAAAUAGAAGUGUUUGAGAUUCUCUUAGGAACAUAGAUGUCUUAGGGUUGCUAGUCAUGAACGAGAAAUUCUUCAGUACAUAAAAUAAGCUAAGAGAGUUUUUGCUUUAGUCAUAACCUUGAGUCAAGCACUGUGCUCAAUUUAUUUUCAGAGGAUCUGUCCUCUAUGCCAGAUAUAAGUUGCCUAUCCAGAUAAGGCUGAUAUGGCAAAAGCAGCUCAAUGUUCUCUUCUACUACUGCACUGUUUCCUAGAAGAAAGUUGGGCAAAGUGUGGCCCUCAAGAUGCUGUUGGACUCCCAAGUCCUAUUGGCUGCAGCCAACAUUCCCAAUGGGAAGGAAUGACAGGAGAGGAGGUCUGGGAGCAUCUGGAUGACCACAGGUUGAUUGCACCAGAUCCAUGUUGAUCUUAGGUGAAGCUGUCAGAAGAGGAAGAUAUGGUCCUUCCACCCUACAGUUUGAACCCAGCAAUCUAUAGGAGGUCUCAACACAAAAGCCAUUGGCAGUUUGGUGUGUGUAAGUGUGUCCGGCCCCACCGAUUUAUUACAUGGUUUGUAACUUGUUUACAAGGUCACCUAUUGGGAGAAAAAUGCAUUGAUAGUUCCUGAGUUUACCAGUGAUUUCUGGUCACAUUCUGUCUGUUUCUAAAUUUGUGGGUGACUCCCCUAUAAUAGUCCCUCCUGAUAAUCAUAUCCAUCUGUUUUUGCUUGGGUCAAAAAUCUUGAAUUUUUGUUCCCUAUUCAGUUGUCAAAGAUAAUAGCUGUUUCCUAGAAAUGCAGUUUAAUACUGUUAAGACACAAAGAAAAUGAUAAAGCAACUUGAAGAGAUUUCUAUCUUAUUACUUAACCAAAGAGGGGAUGCUGAUAAUAUUAUAUAAUAAUUUUAUGUUUGGCAGAAACUUCGGCUGUUAUGCAUUUCGUAAGAGAGACAGAUGAUCAAAGCCAGGUAAAAACUACAUCACAGAGUUUAGGUUAAGCUGGGCUUCAAACACAUUGCUUUGUAGAUAUAGAGCACUAAGCUAAGUUAAUCUACAUUAUAAGAAAAAGUAUAGUUCUGAGUAGCAAAUUAAGAUGUCAUUUUGAUGGCCAGGAUCAGUGAAGAGGUCAAAUCUAAGCCUCACCUCAGGAAAGGGAGUCUUGUUUCAGUAGCUUUUGAGAAAUAGCCAACUAACGAUUCCAAAGCAGAGGUCAAGUUGUAAGACUUAGCUGCUUCACAACAAGUACAAAAAUCAUUUGUAGAUUCCUUAAGAAGUUUGUUGGCUUAUCACUUUUCUAGUAAGAACUAAAUGCUUGGCAUCCACACCCAAGUGAAAUGAAUUAAAAAGUAAUGAAAGAGAAGGAUUAGAUUUUUCAGUAAUAUUUUUCUAACAUGCUCUUUUCCCAGAAAAGUAUUAUUUUGCUGUUAUUGGAAACUCGGUGCACUAGUAGCAUAGAAUAGACUCCUUGCCUUCUUUCUGAUCUUCUACAUAACGCUGGCCAUGCCUCUUGCUUGUUUUGGUUCUAAGUCUGUUACACAAUAUAUGCUCCAUUGCACUGACUCCCGUGAGUAACCAUGUAAAGUCUACACAGCUGCUUUUGAAUUCUAUGGAGAGUUUUAAAAAAAUCACAUCUCUCAGCAAAUAUUCAAGUCUCCAUGUCAUAUCAAUGAGAAAUUGACUUCUAGCCCUAGAAAGUAACAUGCUGGUUUAUUUACAUGAUGUUGAGGCAAAAACUUAAAUAUUAACUACUCCCCAUUCUUCAUAUUUCCAAAGCUGAGUAGGGCUGCCGCUAGGAUAAAAUGAUUUUUAAAGAGUCAGAAAUUGACCUUAGUAGCCCCUUAUAUCACACCCACACUCACAAAUGCCCCCAUGUCCCUGCACACGGAAAAGGGGGAUGCAGAAAAUGACUUGGUCAUGAAGCUGUUUGUACUUUCCAAGUCUUUACCAACCAAUCACUCAGAAUACUCACAAAAGCUAGAGAAAAGUUGCUCCCUUUAUCUCCUUCAGUCUGAAGUUUCUGUUAGUUUUAGUUUCCUAAGGACACAAACUUCACUGGAGCAAAGGAAGGAGGUGCCUUUUUAACUCAGACAACUUGUCUGGGUGAGACAGGAUAUGCAGCACACCUAAGCCUCACACAUGCAGAAGCUUCACAGGCAGAAAUGCUUAACUCCAUUGUAUCCCUUCUCUUGGGCCGAAAUCUGUUCAUUAGAACUUACCAAUUGCUAGAAAAAUCUCUGCAUCCUGGACAAUUAAGAAUAUCUUCACACAGUUCUCUCAUAACAGCAAUGAACAAAAAGAAUCUUACCUUUAGGAACAGUUACGUACAGCAAAUCCAACACUGGUUUUUAUUAUAUACCUGCUAUAAUGUGCACACUGCCAAGUAACAGGACAAUUCUAUAUGUAUCAUUUUUCUUAUCCCCUUUGGCAUUUUUAUAUAUGGAAUGCAUGUGAAUACGUAUGUAUGAGCACAACAUGUGCUCAGUUGUUAUUGUUGUGGGAUGCAUGCCCAUCAACAAAUGAAAAUGAGCUGCAGCAGCUUAUCGAUACAUGCCUUGAUCCAGAGACUUGUACAUGCUCAAGUGUACCUGUACAUCUCUUGCAUGGACCAAGGUUCCCAUUCACUUUGAAGGAUGCAGCCAAUCCAGCCCUGUAGAGGGAAAUGAAGCAUUCUCCCGAGAUGAAUGGGGAAGAAAUACUAUAUGGGGGAUGUGAUGUGUCCAGCAACGUUCCUAUACUUGGAUCCCUAGAUUUUCUGUAACAGACAAAGAACCAACAUGGAAUGUUUACUACAUAAACUGAAACGACUACAGUAUUUUAUUAUCUUUUAAAAUGGAUAUAAAUGUAUAUUUUUAUCCAUGUGGAGCAUGCAUGAAAAGCAGUUGAACCACAUAUACUGAAACAAUUUAAACAGUGACCCAGAAACCGUGUUUCUAUUUCAUCAACACAUAGUUGCGGCCAGCAAUUAAACUAGGGCUGAGAUGGGGGAUUCUAACACAUUUAGGACCCAUACAUUCUAGUGGGUCCCAAUCUUACAUGUCCAUCCCCUUCUAUGCUGUCCUGCCCAGAGUCUAUGCAAUUCUUUUCACUUUUUAACAAUAGCAAAUCCCCUUCAACCAUUAUCGCCACGUGACACACUCUGAUGUGCGUUCCUUAAUUCUCAAGGUGCAGCUGAUGCUACCGUCAAGGACUGUAAGGCAGUGGUGAUGGAGGGUUUCCAGGAGAACAAAGCUCUCAUGCGCUGUGUUUAUUAUCGUGUGCAGAAUUUGUCGGUUCAAAUUGUCCUUCAGAGUGAGAAUGUAGAUGUGCGCGUCAACAUACUGCAGUGUACGAGUGUGUGCUUGUGGAAGGACCGAGGCAAGUGGCGUCACUUCUGUCCUCGUUUUCAUGUAAAUGCACUUUAAUGUAGUAAAAGUGGAUGUCAAUGUAAUUUGGAUUUAUGCUUUUCUUAGCAAACUCUUGCAAUCAUAGCGAAUAAAGUUAUUCUUUCUGUUGUCA